GAAAGGGUCGGCAGAUGGACAAAGACUGGGGAGCGGAGGUGCUGACCUGAGUCAGGAUCCCUUCUGGGCCUGGAGGCCCCACUGGGCGUCACUGCCCCAGAGUCUGCCUGUGCUGGAACUCAAGAGCCCCACAGCACUGCGGAUGGAACCCAGGGCCUCACUUGGGCUAGAAAAUGACCUAAAGGCAGCGUCCCUUUUGCACCUGCAUGCUCCUUCAUGGACCGAUCAGAGGACCAGGCUGCUGGACAUCCUGCAAACCUGGGACCAGCUGCACAACCCCAGGACCUUGACCAGGGUCACUCUCCUCCAUUCCCUGGGCCACCCCUCUCCUCCCUGGCACCCAGGAAGGUGUCCUCACUCCUCCAGCUGUGUCCACCAUGUGUACUGCUCUGGGCCCAGAGGCCAUGAGCCUCAGCUAAGUGUUGCCAGGUUCCCUGUGAGCAGUCUCCUGCCUCCCAAGGGAGGCCCCACGUGGAAAGCGCACCUCCCCCCUGGGUCAUCCUGGUGUGGGCAUCCUCCCGCAGCCUGGCGACUGGCCCACAGAGUUCAGUGUCUGCAUCAGAGCCAGAGCCGCCUCCAGUGGGCCCUGGUCCCUGCCAACCCCUGGGGCGACACCCCCCAACCGCACAGCCAGUGGUUGCACAAGGGUGCCUGGGCGUCUGCUGCCACCAAGUGGUGGACUGCGGGGGUGCAGGAAGGGGACUCGGGGAAGCCUUCGCGCUGCCACCGCAGGCGCCGCCUCCCAUCUAACCCGGGUUGGCCCCGGGAUGGGCGGCUUCACCGCCUUUCUUCUCGGAGUGUAGGGAACAGAGGGCCCUCCCUCUUUUGUAAGGAGAGGGUCGCUGCCCGGAGCGGUGGCCAGGAGGCAGGCCGCGGCGGCCUGGCAGCUGGGCGUGUUCCCGGAGUGGAAGGCCGGGCGAGACUGGCCUCUAGUCCUGCGUCCUGGGAAGCGGGCACGCCAGCCAGGCCCCACAGCUGCGCGGCGGACCGGGGCCCCAAGGCUGCGCUCCGGGCACUUUGA